AUGCAAGGGAAAUUCACGAAAAGUGUCUGCCUGUUGGCCGUGUGUUUGUUGCUGCUGCAGCUGGUGGCAGGCCAGGAAGAGGCAACAGUGAAGCCAACGCAGGCCACGGAUACACGCGUCUCUUGGAUUGCCCAAUUGCAGCAGCUGCGUCAACAGAUGCGCACCUGCUUCCGUUCGGGCUCCGCCUCCGGCACCGGCUCCGGCUCCGGCUCGAGUUUGUGGUCUUGUUUUCGUGCGCGCAGUCUGAAAAUAUUCGAGGACAUCAUGGCAGCAGAUGUGAUUCCGCUCUACGAGGGCGUCCGGCUAAUUGCCGCACCAAAUGCCACAAGUGGUCAAGCGCGACCAGCGGCCGAUGAGCCCAAGGACCUGAAGCACUUGACCUGGUUUGAUCAACUCGCUGUUAGCCUGGCCAAGGGCCUGACCACACACACGCUGCAGAUCAAUCUGGCCAAGCUCACGGAGCGUUAUCUGAGCAACGAUGGGCCGGAGCGCAAGGCGGAUACCGUGGGCAGCGCACGGCUGCGUCGGCAUCGCUUCAACAUGAUCAUCACCAUGAUGUUUGGCGUCACGGCUCUAGGGGCUGUGCUGGUGCCAAUGGGCUUCCAAUUGCUUGCCAUUGUCAGUGGCAAGGCGUUGCUACUGGCCAAAAUGGCAUUGCUGCUGGCCUCCAUCAAUGGCCUGAAGCGGGUCGCCAAUACUGGACUCCACUAUGGCUUGUACCAUGUGCCCGGCGAGCAUCUGGGCGGCUACUACGAUCGCGGCGACUUGAGCCAUCCGCGGAACGUGCCCAUACCCGUGGGGAUGGCGCCUUCACUUGAGUUUGGCUUGAAGUAA